AUGCCGAUUCUAGACUAUGGAUUCUGGAAAGCGAAGCCAGUUUCCUACAAGGUCGAUGGGCCAGACGACCGCAAUCCCCAUAUCAAUCUCAUCUUCAAGGACGACGAUGCCGACACCUGGGAAGCCGCAAUCAACGUCAAGUCUCGGGCCCAUCCAUCUGAGCUCGUGUAUUGGUUCGACCGAGACUUCUCACACCGAAUGUCCCGUGCCCUCGAGAACCACCAGCCUUAUGGUUUCAAAACGCUCAAGUCUCGCAAUGGAUCGGCCCAUCCCCUGGCCCUCGACUACCUCCGACUUGCUGACCUGCUUCACCUCCAAGAUGGGAGGCUAUUGCCGUAUGACGAGGACGGGCCUGACAACGAUAUCCUCGAUCAGCUGCGACCCAUCCUUGAUGAUGCUAUCAGUCAGCAGGCCGACAUCUAUCUGUACGGCUCCCGCUACGACACAGGUGACGGAAUCCAUGACGUGCACAUGAACCAAGGCAGUCCAGGCCGCCGCUUCAAGAAAGACAAUGGGGUCCACACCGACGGCGGCAUCUUGUUCCGCUUCCCACAUGGACACUGGGAGGCUGUCUUCCUGGCAUUUGCCUCGCAGCAAAUCCCUACUGACGAGGAUGGACAUCCCACGCGGGAUAGCAGCUCGCUUUCAAAUAUUCUUCGUGCGAGAGGCCGCGCUCGGCUUUGA